AUGGUGCACCGCCUUCCCGCGCACCACCUCGCCGAAACCUGGAGGAUCCCGACUCCCCUCCAUUUCGCCAGUCGCAUCGCCACAAUGGAGAUCACUGAUUUUAUCUUCAAGGAGCGGGAAGACCUGCACCUGGUGGGCGACUACAAUGCCUACCGGGCGCACGCCACUCGCCGACUGCACAAUCUUCGCAAGAAGCUGGGCCAAGCCACCCCCAAAGGCCGCAAAUACACUGCCAAACCUGAAAUUACCGCCGAGAACGUCGGAGGAAAUGUUGCAUAUGUACACCUAUUGCUUCUCGCAUCCGAACGAGCUUGGGCGCAGGCGAUGCACAUGAAAUCGACACAUUCCGCAGACCCCGAUGCCAAGAGUAUUUCCGGUGCGACUAGAAGCCAUGUAAUUUCGCGAUUGAACAAGGCCAAGGGGUAUGCGCAGCAUCUGGUUUCGCUGCUGCACGAGCAAUCAUCGACGGGGGCGAGCGACAUUGACGUCCUUGAAGCGCGGGCAUACUUCGCUACCAUCUCCGGUGCGUUGUGGCUGGAGAAGCGACGCUGGGAACAGUGCCUGUACGACUAUGCAAUUGCCAGAGUCAUCUACACUGCGCUUGGUCAGAGAGUCAGGAAGGACGCUUUCCGGGAUCUGCUCACUGGUACCGUCGACCCAAGUCUCCGCUAUGCCGCCUAUCAGAUGAAACUGCCCCGCUCGAAGCCCACCUCUUCCCUCGCGAUUGAAUACUUCCCCUCCGAUUCUGAAAUCCGUUCCGAGGUCGAGAAGCUGGAUCCUUCCUGUUUGGCCGAAGAAGCCGCAGGAACACGACGAACGGCCGAGGGUGAGGUACAAAAGCUACCGGAGUCGGUGACAUGGCGCUCGCGGACCGUACCUCUGGACGAUGCCUCGAUUUCUCAGGCUUUGGCUGCUGCUUCGUCUGCAGAGGACAGACUUACUGCCUGGCUGGCUGGUGAGGGCAAGUCCGCUUCGGCGAAGGACCAGGCAGCUGCAUACGAUCAUGUCAUCAUUGCCAGUCAAGAUGCCGUGGAUGCUACGAAGACCGCCAUCGAUGACCUGACCAGUGAAGGUGUGGAUCCGGGUGACAAGCGCUUGCAGGCACUGCAGAUCACUCGGACCGCUGUUAACUACCAGCUUGUUGGAUGGCGCGUUGGUCGUAACCGUGUACUAUGUGGUGGGCAGGACGGUCUUGCCUUCGGCGAGGAGCAAGCGACCCAGGGCAGCAAAAGUGCCAAGCGCAACGGAGGCAAUGGAAAGAAGCUGAACAAGCUUCGCGAGCGAGCUGUUCUGUACGACUCGACUCUGCAGAGUGUUGACUUCAUUCUUGAGUUGCCUGGUGUUGCUGCCGACACUCCCUUUGUCCAGGACCUGGAGGCCAAACGACGCUACUUCCGAGCAUUAAGAUGCCUGGCUCUGGGACGAUCCCAUGGCGUGCUCGGAAAGCCUACCGAGGCCCUUGCCCUCUUCGCGCAAGCCUUGAACCUGUCCGUAUCUGCGACACCGCAAUCAUCCGCUGAAUCACAGGGACCCCCUCGUCUGGAUGUCUCCACGGAACAGGUGGGGACUCUUGAAACCACGUUGCGCGGCUUGGUUGCCCAGUAUCGUGGACUUGUGACCCUGAAGCGACUGGAAGCUCAGUCCAGCUCGUCCCAGCAGCGUCCGCUAGUGGAGCGACUUAAUCAAUUCCAUCAGGGAACCGACCUCCACAACCUCGUACCCUACCCGCCGCAAAUGCAGCCGGUAUCGGUGAAGCCUCUGUUUUUGGAUGUCGCUUGGAACUAUAUCGACUACCCCCACGAGGCUCAGGCUCCAGCGCAGGAGGCCCCAGCGGUGGAGGAAAAGAAGCGGGGAUGGUUCGGGUUUGGACGGUGA